AUGCGCCACUUUGCACUGAGCUCGUUUCUGCUCUCCUACCUCCGAGUAGCGUACUCCUUUGACCAGACUUUUGCCUGGAACUCUAAUGCACUUGUAGAGUCCCGUACACUCGACGAGAUUCAUCAGGCCGCACUAGCUGAAGGCGGAACAGUCACAUUAAGGCACGGCGGAGGCAGCCCCGACCAGCAAGAUCCGAAGAAGGAAGCCUUUGAGAAAAGGUUUCCCGGCAUGACGCUCAAUGUAGCAGUCAAGAGCUCGAGCUACCUCGGGCCAGAACUAGAUCGGCAGCUGGCGACGGAAAAUGUUCAUGUCGACAACAUCGUGUUACAAACCGCUCAGGAUUACCCCCGGUGGAAGAACGACGGCGUCCUGCUCCACUACAAGCCCCUGGAUUUUGACAAAGUUUACAACGCCUUGAAGGAUACGAAUGGUGCAUGGGUCUCGUCGGCCGUCAAUGGAUGGAGUAUUCUGUAUGACAAGAGCAAGCUGGGGGGCACGAAUCCUCCCGAGACAUUUCUAGACUUUCUGAAGCCGGAAUUCAAGAACAAAAUUGUCCUCACUUAUCCUAAUGAAGAUGAUGCUAUACUUCAUACCUUCGAUCUUAUCCCUGAUCGCUCAGCCGAACAGACAUUUACUACGACUAUUGGCUUGCAAUCACAGGACCCUUUCACAGUCGUGUACCCAAGCAGCGGCGCGCCGUUCACAUCGUGGGCACAGCGCUCCGCGAUCCUCAAGGGUGGACCUCACCCAGAAGGUGCCAAGCUCCUUCAAAACUAUGUCGUCAGUUCAGAGUAUCAACAAGUUACAGGCUCCUGGAGCGUCCGCAAAGAUGAUGCUGCCCCCGCUGGGAAUUCUCGCAUCUUCGACACGGUAAACACAGACCCAAUUCAUUUCCAGGAGUGGAUGGGGGAUCGUCGGAGAGUGGAGAGGUUACGAUUUUGGUUCCAGGACAAGCUUGGGUACCCCAAGGAGUAA